AUGGUAAACGAUGAACAUCCUGGAGAAACUGAUGAAAUAUUAUUUAAUGAUUUAUUUCCCUUACCAUUCAGAAUAUUGAUCUUGAUCCAGUUUGGUUUAUUUUUAUGGUUUUCACUAAAUGUCAUAUUAUACAAUUUAUCAAGUAUAAAUGUUUUACAACUACUAAAUUUAUCAUAUAAUUCACAUAAUUAUUUACAACUUGAAGAUUUCAAUAAUACUAACAGUAAUGGUGAAUUUGAAACUAAUCUACCAGCCGAAAAGCAAGAGAAUUUGAGAUUAAUGCAAGGAAUAUGGAGAAAUUUCAAGAAAUUGACUGUGAUAAAUGUGGUGAGUUGGGUUUUAUUCAAAUUUCUUCAAUAUUAUAAACCCAGUUAUAAGAUCAUUUAUUACAUUAUCCCUAUCAUUACAUUCAAUUAUAAUUUUUAUAUAUUAUUUUACAAACACAAUUUUACAAAUCAGAGUAAAAAUUCAAACCUAAAUAGUAAUGCUGGGCAAAUUAGAAUUUGGACAACAAUAAAAAGAGUUUUGAUUGGUAAUAUAAAUUCCAAAACAAUGAGAACGAAUGAUAUUUUAAUAAGUGAUUCAUUAGUAUCUUUCGCUAAAGUAUUAAAUGAUUUCGGAUUAUUUAUAUGGAGUUAUUACAUAAAUGAAACAAAAGCCUAUAAUUAUAAAUUGGAAUUCGGUAUAUUAUGUCUACCAAUACUAAUAAGAAUUAAACAAUGUUUUCAUGAGUAUCGAAUCACAUCAAAUAAACAGCAUCUUUUGAACUUAUUGAAAUAUGCCACUGGUAUUGGUCCAUUAGGUGUUAAUGCCUUAAUCAAAUAUACUUUGUUGAAUUCUUCCGAUCUUGAGAGGGAAAACGGUGAAUUGAUCAAUAAAUUAACUAAAUUGAAUAAUUGGUGGUUAAUUUUGACAUUGAUAAAUUCAACAUAUUCGUUUAUAUGGGACAUUAAAAUGGAUUGGAACUUAGAUUUAUUUAAUAACAUUUUUCAAAUUUUUACAAGAGAUAAAAGUAAUAGAUUCAUAAUAUUAAGAAAUCAAAAACAAUUCCCAGAUUUUAUAUAUAUCAUAGCAAUAAGUAUUGAUUUUUUACUUAGAUAUUUAUGGAUUCUUAAAAUAUUUAUUAUAAAUGAAGAAUUAAAACUGGGGAAAAUUCAUUUUAUUCAUGUUUUUUCAACUUUUUUAUUUGGUUAUGAUGUUUAUUCAUUUGGUUAUGUAUUAAUUGAAACUUUAGAAAUUUUCAGAAGAUGGGUUUGGUGUUUUAUAAAAUUAGAUGCUGAUUAUAAUAAAUUGAAAAUUGCAAAUGAUCAAAAUACAAUACCGAUGGAUACUUUUGAAAAGUAA